AUGGACAGGCCUUCUCUUUACAGCCGGUCACUUCCACAACAUCUACCAGUCCCACUACAGGCUCUUUACAGCCGGUCACUUCCACAACAUCUACUAGUUCAACAUCUACUGUUUUUUUACAGCCGGUCACUUCCACAACAUCUACCAGUUAUACUUCUACAGCCUCUUUACAGUCGUUCACUUCCACAACUUCUAUCAGUUCUAUUUCCACAGUUUCUUUACAGCCGGUCACUUUCACAACAUCUACCAGUUCUACUUCUACAAUUUCUUUACAGCCGGUCACUUCCACAACAUCUACCAGUCCCACUACUACAGCCUCUUUCCAGCCGUUCACUUCCACAACAUCUAUCAGUUCUACUUCCACAGUUCCUCUACAUCUGGUCACUUCCACAACAUCUACAGCCUCUUUACAGCCAGUCACAUCCACACCAUCUAUCAGUUCUACUUCUACAGGUCAUUUACCUACAGUCACUUCCGCAACAUCUACCAGUCCCACAACUGCAGUUCCUCUACAGCCGGUCACUUCCACAACAUCUACCAGUCCCGCUACUACAGUCUCUUUACAGCCGAUCACUUCCACAGCAUCUACAAUUUCUACUACUACAGUUUCUUUACAGCCAGUCACUUCCACAUCUACACUUUCAACAUCUACAGAUCACCUACAGUCAUUUACUUCUACAGUUCCUCUACAAUCAGUCACUUCUACAACAUCUUCAUUUAAAGAUCUAAAUACCACAAUGCUGGAAGAUUGUAAGAUCACAGGAAAAUGUGUAGAAAAUCUUCUUGGCCUGAUAGAAAACUCAACAGUUCAAGUGCUUCAUUUGAUCGAUGUGACAAAAAUUUUGGAUGUGGUCCUCAACGCUACAGAGAAGGUUGUAACC